UAAAUGUUGUACUCCAUCUUUCUUUUUAAUUCAAGUAAAGCAUGCCUUUUCAAAGGUUUGUGGAAACUGGCCGUGUAGCCGUUGUAUCUGACGGCCCUCAUAAGGGUAAAUUAGUCAGUAUCGUGGACGUUAUUGACCAGACAAGGGUUUUAGUUGAUGGCCCUUUGAGUAAUGUACCAAGAGGACAACUUAGAUUAAAUGAAUUACAUUUAACUAAAUUUCGUAUUAGAUUUCCGUUUUCAGCAUCUACACGUAUUGUAAGAAAAGCAUGGACAGAUGCUAAAAUUAACGAAAAAUGGGCGGAUUCUGUUUGGGCUAAAAAAGUAGCCGCAAAAGAGAAGAGGGCGCAACUCACCGAUCUCGAUCGUUUCAAGUUACGUAGAGCUCGAUCGAGGAGAAACAAAAUCAGAACUGCCACUUUUCUUUGUUUGAGGAAAACUGCUUCCAGAAACGGUACACUCUAUGGUAAAAAGAAGAUGGCCAAAGGAGGCGACAAACCCAAACCACCCAAGAAAGGAAAGAAAGAAAAAACUGCUCCCAAGAAGAAGUGAUUAAGUUAAGACAAUAUAUUUGUUUAAAAAAAAUUCACUUGUUUUAUUUUUUUCCUAAACUGGAAAAUUUGGAAUUAAUCCUAAUCUAUGGUGUAAAAUACAGUGUGAUUCAUUUAAGGAUAUUUAAAAGGCAAUUUUAAUUUGAAUAAUCCUGUAUUUGAUUCAGUUUGAAAUCAAAUUUAUAAUUUUGUUGUUAUUUGGAGCGCUAUGACCAUUUAUUUUUUUCUUCUAAUAAUUUGAACUACUACAAUUUAUGCAAAUCAUGUAUGAAACUGCUAAAAACUCAUUUCAAUGGAGGACUCAGAAUAUUACGAUUUAUUGUACUAAUCAUUUUCAAAACUGAAAAAAAACUUAUUUUAGUGGAGGAUUUUCAAUAAAUGACAAAAAAUGAGUUUUUUUCUUUUAGUUCAUUUGAACUACUGUUACCAUUUAUGGUAGAAAUCCUGUUGAAAAUUUAUUUCUAUGGAGGACUCUGAAUAUAAUAGUUUUUUCUUUGGGUUCAAUUUAACUACUACUACGAUUUAUCAUAGAAGUCAUGAUCAAAACUGAUAAAAAGUUAUUUCAAAUAAGAGCUUGAAUGAGUUUUUUUUCAUUUGAACUUGAAUAGGUGACGAAGGAAUUGUUUUUUUGAACUACUGGUAUAAUUUAUCAUAAUUAUCGUAUACAUCACAUUUAUAAGUAAAUUGGGAGUUAUGAGGGAAACUUUUUUGGAAUUAACCUACCAGAAAAACGGUCACCAUGUCUGUCUUUCCUUGUUUUUCAUUUUUUUUUUACUUUUAGAGACAUUUACCUACACAGAAAGGUUCUUGAUCAAUAAAACACUUUUUUAUUUUAUUUUCAUAUCAGUAGAAACCUCAAAAAAAUGAAUAAACCAUAAUGAAACAAAUUUAUUUAAAAAAAAUUAAUUCAUAAAAACUUACAU